CUGAGGGUUCUCUCCAAGAAUCCAGGCAAAGAAAGGACUUCCGUGACCUCUUUAGCAUCCCCAAGGGGAAGGUGCAGCCUGUGGACAGCGCGCGGCUGGGGCAGAGGGCCCCGCCUCCUCCAGAGCCAGAUGCAAACAUUCUGACGCCAGCUCUUUUACACUGAGCAGAUGUCAUGUAGUAAAAAUGGGUACCAGAUGCUGUGAGCCGCAGAAAGGCGAUUUGUUUAAGGGCUGGCUCUGACUUUCGUUGCAUGCAAUUACUCCGCAGAACAAACCUUACACACAAGCAUUUAGGUCCCAAGCACGUCCCCAUCAGGGCGCAGGUGACAGGGGCUGCCUCUUCUACCACCUCCUCCUCGGCAGAUGAAGAAUUUGAUCCCCAGUUUUCCUUGCGGUCAAAGGAGAGGAAGACACUUAGAAGAAGAAGGAAGUUGGAGAAAGCAACAAAACAACUGGUUAAGCAAGAAGAAUUAAAAAGACUUCAUAAAGCUCAGGCCAUCCAGAGGCAGCUGGAGGAGGUGGAGGAGCGGCAGAGGGCCUCCGAGAUCCAGGGCGUGAGGCUGGAGAAGGCACUGAGAGGAGAAGCAGCAGAUUCAGGCACACAGGACGAAGCACAGCUUUUGCAGGAAUGGUUUAAGCUGGUUCUGGAGAAGAAUAAAUUAAUGCGAUAUGAGUCGGAGCUACUGAUCAUGGCCCAAGAGCUAGAAUUAGAAGAUCAUCAAAGCAGACUGGAGCAGAAAUUAAGAGAGAAAAUGCUCAAGGAGGAGAGCCAGAAAGAUGAGAACGAUCUAAAUGAGGAGCGAGAAAUAUUCGCUGAGAUGAUGCAAGUGAUUGAGCAAAGGGACCGACUUGUGGAUUCCUUAGAGGAACAGCGCAUCAGAGAAAAGGCUGAAGACCAGCGCUUUGAAAGCUUCAUAUUCUCCAGGGGCUGUCAGCUGAGCAGGACGUGAGCAGGGCCCUCCCGCUCGGAGCCAGCCAAGGACCGGAUCCUGCCCCGCACACCUCACACACUCCUACUUCCUGUGGCAGCAUCUGUCAGACCUGCGACUUGAGUUAUACCAUACGGCAAUAUGUUUUCAAAAAUUGAAAUUCUCUCACGGGCUACAGCUGCCCCAGAUCCUUCCAGAGAUUAUAGUGAAGAAAAUACAAAGACGCUUUUGAAAUGGGCAGUCAACCUCAGCAGAUCUCUCCGACUGGAGCUGACCUUGGCAGGUGACCAGCAUUGUUUACCCUAGAAGGUGACACAGAUGGACUUUCCUUCUGCUUUUUACCAUGUAUCUUCCCAGUGCAUUGAGUUGCACAUCUUGAGAUUUUUUAAGAAGCUGCCUUUUCAUGAAUAUAUCCAUAUUUGCCCCUUUUUUUUGCAUGGAUGACUGGUUCCCAAAUGUCAGAAGGAAGCAGCAGUAGUUUAAAGAUUAGGUUAAUAUUUAAAUUGUGUUUCCAGCGAAAGAGGAGAAACCUUGAGAUUACUGAUUACAUAAAGCAAAUAACUCACAUAGCAGGUGUUAAUUCAAUCCAGGGUGGAUUUAAUUUACCAGGUGUAUUUAUAAGCCUUGAUAUAAUACACAUAAGCAAUGAGAGUUUAAUAGAACAUUUGAACCUUACUUUUAUUUAAAAAGAAAGGAAAGAAAACUUUAACUUUGUACUAGCAGGAUCACUAGUUUUUACCAAGUACUGUUGGCUUAGAAAGGCUUUUUAUUCUCAGAGCACUGUCCUUAUGGCCCCUGGGACAUACUGGAAAGCGUUUUUAGAAAAUGGAUAUUUUUUUAAAAGACAUGCCUUCAUUUGUUGAUAAAACUAUGGGUGAGAUUGGUGCUGCCAUAAAAAUGCACACGCUGGUGAUCCAAGGCAAGGAACCUGUCCCAGUGACGGUCUUCUUGGGUCCGAAACAGAAGUGGCUCUGAGACGCCACUGGGGUUGCCCAGGAACCUACGGGACAAGGACAGAACCACUUCUGACUUCAAGGUGCAGCUGAGUGCAGUGACCCCACUUACCGAAUCGCAAGCUGGGUCAUGGAUUCCGUAAUGACAUUUUCAAUGUACUGUACAAGGAAAGCUGAGAGAUGGAGUUUGUGCACUGAUGUAGAAUUCCUGGGAUGUUUUGAUGGUUCAUAUGGAACCAAAGAAAAGAUUUCAAAUGGUGAUCUGUUGUCAUAAAGUAUUUGAUUGUUCUCCCUCGAUGGGAUUCUUUGAAGAUUCGCUCUGUCAUUGACAAGAGGCGAACUGGAGAACCCUUUGUUGCUGUAUGUUUGGCCUUUCUCGUUUCUGCAAGUGUUUAAAUGUGUCAUUGGACAAAAGGUGCUUUGCAACAGUCAGCUCUGACUGGAGACCUAACUUCCCUCAAUUUGAGUUGAGCCAUGAACCACUUCUGUUUGAGAUGCUGUCUAUAUACAUGGACCUGGCCAACCGACAAGCCAGAAAUAAGAAGUAUAACUGGAUUUCCUGAGUCAGCCAAUGUUUUGGGUCAUAUUAAAACACAUCGUUUCCAUGGUAUAUCAAGCUCCUAACGUUGUAGGGUUUUUCCCCCUUCUCCUUUCUUUCAGAAUCAAGUCUUUUAGUGCCUGAAUUCUAAUAUUAGGAAACAUGUAUAGGCAUCUAUCUACCUAUCUAUUUAUCUAUGAAAACUGUAUCUCUUAUGGCUAUUUAUCUAUUUUAUUUAUUUGGUGGAAAUUGCUAAUAUGAUUUCCUCAUAAUUCUGGUUUUCCUAUGUUAUAAUUUGGAGAAGACCUAUUUUCACUAAGAUGUUGGUACAUAAGCUAUUUAAUAUACUAGUACAAAUAACUCAGAUGUUUGGGGCAGAGAGUUAUGUAGUAUUAAAGAUUUAUGGAGCUAGUCAAACUAAUAUUUCCAGCCACCAGGCAUUUGGAGGUAAGACUAUGGAUGUGCAAGAAUAUUAACUAUUUUAAGAAGGAGAUAUAUAACUUCAGUUUUCAUUCUAGAAUGUGUAGACGUAUUCAAGCCCAGGCUUUUCUGUCAGUUAUAUACAAGUGCACUUUGGAUGCUUGCAUAUAUUUGACAGAUGAUGCUCAAAUGUGUAGUGUCUGGGUUGUCAUUGUACAAAAGAAUUAACUGCCACUUAUUUAAAUUUGUUCUAUUUCCAUCUAAAAGAAAGAUUCUCCUAAGAAGGCCAAGAAAAAAAGGUAGUUCUUGGCUCUCGUAUUCUGUUAAUAGAUGAGAGAAGCAAUUUGUUCACUUUUUCUUCCAAAGACUGUACUCUGUGGUUUAAUACUCUGUCUUAUCUGGCCAAGUUAAAACAUAAAUCUCAUCCUUGCACUGGCCUUCUGUUUUACCAGUACAGAGAAACUAUUUCAGUGAUCAUUCCCAAAAGGACGCAAACAUUGUGGCUGUUAAAGUAUUUUAAGUGAUUCCAUUUCUUAUUCACAAUAGAGACCGUUCUUAGGCCCUCAAAAUGUAUAAUAUUGUACAUUUUGAAGACAGUUUCUUUGUAUGCGGUAGGAGUAAGGUUAUGAUGAAAACAGACACAGCCCUCACUGGCCCCUGAAAGAUCACUUGUGAUCAAAGCUAAGCAAUGAAGGACUCUGAGGGAGACGUAAAGCCCCAGCCAGCCUCAGGUCCUAUUUCAUAGUCUCACACAGCUUCUAAGCUAAACCAAAGGCUCAUGAUAGUCUUUUUUUCAAAAAUAUAUGUAUAUUUUUUAUUGAUUUCAGAGAGGAAGGGAGAGAUAGAAACAUCAAUGAUGAGAGAAUCAUUGAUCAGCUGCUUCCUUACCAGACAUUGAGCCUGCAAACCAGGCAUGUACCCCGACUGGGAAUCGAACCAUGACCUCCUGGUUCAUAGGUCAAUGCUCAACUGAGCCACACUGGCUGAACUCAUGAUAGUCUUAAGUUCAGAAUGUUUCAUAAGAUGGACCAAGAGGACGGUUCUUAAGCUUGCUCUCCCAAACCACUCGUUUAUUUAUCUAUUUGUUUAAGAAACAUUCUCCAAAUACCCAUCGGGUUCUGCUGCCUUGUGCUAGGUGCCGGGAUACAGAAAGAAUAUUUUUCCUCCACUCUGCCCACACACAAAAUACAAACAUAAACAAGUACCAUUCCCAAAUAAAUACAAAGAUACAGAACUAUUUUUUAUUAAAAGCAUCAACCUAUUCUACUCACAUUCAUCUUAAGCAUAAAGACUUGCAGCCCCAACUCUUGUAGCGCUGCUUUGGCAAUAAAAACACAAAUAAGUUCGUGUUUCUAAAACUGUGAAAAAUAAUAUCAGGAUAUACUCUCUCGUUUAAACCUUGAUUUGGCUGUGUUAGGCGGCUCGGAGUCAAUCAAUGCUGAGAUGCAGCAUGUUAAUUGCAGCUGAGAAAGGAAGUGGCAGGUGUUUCCACCUCUGAGGAGCGGCGCUGAAAUGGAUGUUUUCUGCAUUCUGGAGGCCGACGACAAGUCAGCAAUGUCUGUCUUCCAGGAAGCAGAUCUGCAGGCUCUUCCUUGCAAACUGAAAAUGGCAGCAUGUCCCCACCCGGGUGGCUGAUCAGAGAACUCCCCCAGCAGGGCAGAGGUGGCAGGGGGCAGCUUGGGCUGCCUCAUGAGCAGAGAGAGUGGCGGGCGACUGGAUGUGGGGAGCUGCAAUGUGGGAGUUUAUUGUAAUAGGAAGGUUCACGCACAGGGGAGCGCGUGCUGUUUCACCUACUGUUUAUCUUCUAGCCUCGCUGCUGAGGCGCUUGUAAAAGAUUAAUUUGCUCCCACAAUUGGGAACUAUUCGUGUGGAUUGAAAUGUGUUACAUAUGCACUGACUGCUGUAAAUACUGAAACGGACCAAAAAUAAAUGGUUUUGUGUCUGAGGAAUA